UGUCUGUGGGAGAGUUAGAGGCAGGGGGGGGCGAAGCCUCGCAAAUCAUUUUUUACUUUAUAAAAUAUUAAUUUAUAUAAAACGAAACGCCCGUGUAAUUGUUCCUUCCACCCGGCGCAGGGGGUGCAUUUGUUGCUGUGUGUGUUAUCGUUUUGUUUCUGUUGUUUACCGCAGUUAGGGGCAGCGAUUGAACUCUGGCAGCAUGUUAGAUUUCUUCACCAUCUUCAGCAAGGGGGGGCUGGUUCUGUGGUGCUUCCAGGGCGUCAAUGGGUCCUUCACCGGGCCCGUCAAUGCGCUCAUCCGAUCUGUCAUCUUGCAGGAACGCAGCGGCAGCAACUUAUUCACCCACGAUGCCCUGAGCCUGAAGUAUAAACUGGAUAACGAGUUUGAACUGGUGUUUGUGGUGGGGUUCCAGAAGAUCCUGACGCUGACGUACGUUGAUAAGUUUAUAGAUGACGUGCAGCUCCGGUUCCGCGAUCGCUAUAAGAAUCAGCUCGAACAGAAAGGGGCGAUGAAAUUGCUCAACGGUUCCUUUGAGUUUCAGGAUGACUUCCAGCAGCUGCUUCGGGAGGCAGAGCAGAGCACUAAAGCUUGCGCUCCGGCCCCCAUGAAGACCUUCAAGCAGUCCCAGAAAUCCCAGAAGACUGUGAAAUCCAUGAUCGAAACGAGAGGAGGGGAGAAAGGAAAGGAGAAGGAGAGCAACAAGAAAUGCAAAAAUGCCAAAAAAGAGGCCUCAGCAGCUGAGGGAGAUGGGGACUCCACCAGAGGUGGGACACAAUCGGGGCUCCCCAAGAAGAGCUCCCCCAGACCGCAAGAGAACGGAAACGAGGGGCUGACCCCCGAAGAGAUCAAGAGGAACCAGCAGGAGUUCUUCAGGCGUAUGGGAGGAGGGGGUGCCAAGAAACCAAGCAGCAGCAGCAGUAAGUCCCCGAAGCCCGAGAAGCUGCAGCGGGUGAAGGGGAAUCGCGAGUGGGUGAUGGGCGGCACCAACACCAAAGAACUGGACUACAGCAACAAGGACAUCAACGGGUCCCAGGACACACUGCCUGCCACCAAGGACAACACUGAAGACCUGAAGCAGCUUGGUCAGAUGAAGGGAGACCUACGAUCGGUGGAUUAUGAGAGCAGCGAGGAAGAGGAGGAUAAAGAGGUGGUGGUGUCCGCAGCAGCCAAUCCCAGCAAGAGCAGCUCUAAGAGUUUCAGGGGUGUGUUCGGCAUGCUGAAAGGACUGGUGGGCUCCAAGAGCCUGUCCCAGGAAGAUAUGGAGCCAGUGCUGGACAAGCUGAGAGACCACCUCAUCGCUAAGAAUGUAGCAGCCGACAUUGCCACCAAACUCUGCGAGUCUGUGGCCAAAAAACUGGAAGGAAAAGUCAUGGGCACCUUCACCACCGUGACCUCCACUGUGAAGCAGGCUCUCCAGGACUCGCUGGUUCAGAUUCUGCAGCCCAAGCGGCGCGUGGAUAUCCUGCGUGACGUCAUGGAGGCGCGGGCCCAGCACCGUCCCUUCGUCGUCACCUUCUGUGGGGUCAACGGGGUGGGCAAGUCCACCAACCUGGCCAAGAUCUCGUUCUGGCUGAUUGAGAACGGCUUCAGCGUGCUGAUCGCCGCGUGUGACACGUUCCGAGCGGGCGCGGUCGAGCAGCUGCGCACCCACCAGCGCCGCCUCAACUCCAUGCACCCCCCCGAGAAGAACGGGGGGCGGCCCCGGGUCCAGCUCUACGAAAAGGGCUACGGCAAGGACGCCGCCGGCAUCGCCAUGGAGGCCAUCGCCUACGCCCGGAGCCACAGUUUCGAUGUGGUGCUGGUGGACACGGCUGGCCGCAUGCAGGACAACGCCCCUCUGAUGGUGGCUCUCGCCAAGCUGAUUGCCGUCAACAUGCCCGACCUGGUGCUGUUCGUGGGGGAAGCGCUGGUGGGGAACGAGGCUGUAGACCAGCUGGUGAAGUUUAACCAGGCGCUGGCAGACCACUCCAUGUCAGACACACCGCGGAUCAUUGAUGGCAUCGUCCUCACCAAGUUCGACACCAUAGACGACAAGGUGGGUGCUGCUAUUUCUAUGACCUACAUCACCGGCCAGCCCAUUGUGUUCGUGGGCACUGGGCAGACCUACAGCGACCUGCGCAGCCUCAAUGCCCGGGCCGUGGUCAGCGCCCUCAUGAAGGCUUAAAAUAAAGCUGCGUGGACGGGAGGUGCUGCCGUCUCCCGACAUCUUACAACACGCUUCAGAAAUUCCAUUUCUGCUAUAGCGACUCCCAUCUUUACCAACUCAGUCACACAGGCUUUGUGCUUUUCCAUCUGGAGAGUAGAAAAUGAAAAAGAAACUGAUUACGGUGGUAGUUUGGUGUAGCGGUAGAGAUGCUGGGGUCUGAUCCCAGCUCUGUGGAACACAUUGGGGGUAAUAGAUGCUUACCCUCCUGUUGUGCCUCAAUCACCACCCCACCCCACCCCACCACGUAAUUACUGGAGAGAAGCGACAGGAUCUCCACUGCCAGAAAAAAAAAGAGAAUGUGAGAAUGACUUUUUUUUUUUUCUUCUAUUCUAAAUUUUAAGUGUAACAGUUUGUUUCAGCUGUCAGUUUUAACAGAUUUUGGCAGCUAGAGAGUAUAUGAUUUUUUUAAUUUAUUGAAUCCGUCACCAGACCAAAGCUAAAAUCUGCCAAUCAAGAUUUUAAUAACCAGUGUUACUCACGCCAGGAUUUUGUUUUUGGGUGACCAUAUGUUACCCAAACAAGGCAGGUGAAAGGAUUUUGAAUGCAGGUACUUCAGAUUUACCGGAAUUGGUUUCCCUUGCAGAAAAACAUUGUUAAAUAAACUUCCCAAAGUGCUCAGUGCUGUACUAAACAGAAAUUACACAUGUGUGUAAUAAUAUUAGUAACAGAAGAGUGAUCCCAGACGAGGAAUGUCACAAGCCCUGUGUGUGGUAUCUUGUCUGCCUUUCUGUUACGCUCUUGCAGUUUUAAGGACUAGUGUCUCAGAGAUAGUGAGCGAGUGCUACUUUCAAACCCUUAGUUCACUUCCCUUUAUUGGGGAUAGCAACUCAGCAUGGAGCCCAUGUGGCUCACACCAGCCGCACACACCUUUCGUGAAGGCUGCUGCAGUGAUAGUUUCUUUUUUUUUUAAUCUUCCAAAAUCUAAAAUAAGAAGAAAUCAAUAAAAAUGUGUACUAGAGGUGUAAAUGCACCCAGUCCCCUCCUUACUAGUGCAAUACAAGAGGCUUGAGAGCUAUAUAAAGAGAUCCAUGUGAUAAUUUAUGAGAAUGAAAUACAUUUCUUAAAUAAAGUUGCUAUUGUA